AUGGGCUCAUCAACAGCCUCCCCAUUCACUGGCUUUGCUGGUUUGACCAGUUCGGUGCUUUCUGGAAUGCCUCGCUGGGGAGUCAAGUGGCAUUCCAGACGAUGUUGUCCAUCGUUCAACAUUGUGGGACAGUGGGCGACGGCCACCAGCGUGGACUUCUCGCUGGCCCAGCUCAUCCAGGUGAUCAUCUUGCUGGCCACCGGCGGCACCAACAGCGGCGGCUACCUCGCGUCCAAGUACGUCGUGCUGGCGAUCUACGGCUUCAUCCUCAUCCUCCAUGGCCUCAUCAACAGCCUCCCCAUCCACUGGCUCUCAUGGUUUGGGCAGCUCGGCGCUUUCUGGAACGCUGCAGGUGUGUUUGUGCUGGUGAUCUUGAUUCCGUCUGUUGCCAAGGAGCGAUCGAGUGCCGAGUUCAUCUUCACGCACCUCAACACGGACAAUGGCAUGGGCAUUCAUAACAAGGCUUACAUUCUAGGCGUGGGGCUGUUGAUGAGCAACUACUGCAUGAUCGGCUACGAUACAUCUGCUCAUAUGACAGAAGAAACGAAGAACGCUGAUAGGAGCGGUCCGAUUGGGAUUGUCACUUCGGUCGUUCUCUCAAACAUCUUUGGGUGGAUUUACCUAGUGACCCUGACUUCAGUUGUGACAGACAUCCCGUACCUGCUAAGUGCCGAUAAUGACGCAGGCGGCUAUGCCAUCGCUCAGGCUCUCUACACCAUAUUCAACCAGAGGUAUGGCAGUGGUGUUGGUGGGCUCGUGUGCCUCGGCGUCAUUGCUGUCGCCAUGUUCCUCUGCGGUGUUGCGUGCAUAACGAGCAACUCAAGGAUGGGGUAUGCCUUCUCAAGGGACGGAGCCAUGCCGUACUCGCACCUUUGGCACCGGGUGAACAAGCACGAGGUGCCAUUGAACAUUGUCUGGCUCUCCGUGCUCGUGGCCUUCGCCAUGGCUCUCACGUCAUUGGGGAGUCAGGUAGCAUUCCAGGCGAUGGUAUCCAUUGCGACACUAGGGUUGUACAUCUCCUACGCGCUGCCCAUCUUCUUCCGGGUGACGACCGCCCGAAAGUCAUUCGUCCGAGGGCCGUUUCACCUCGGUAGGUACGGUGUGAUCAUCGGCUGGGCUGCCGUGCUGUGGGUGGCCUUCAUCACCGUGCUAUUCUCGCUGCCGGUAGCAUACCCUGUGGGAAAGGACGUCUUCAACUACACGCCGGUUGCCGUUGGCGGGGUGUUGUUGCUCAGCGUUGGCUCUUGGGUCUUCCAUGCUCGGUUCUGGUUCAAGGGACCCAUCGUGAACGUUGACACAUACUAG